AUGACGGCUACUAAAAUGGUCGAGCGUGUCCUGGUGUCUGCUCCCGGAAAAGUUAUAUUAUUUGGUGAGCACUCUGUUGUCUAUCAGAAGAUGGCUGUGGCAGCAUCGUUAGGUCUUCGAACCUACCUCUGUAUUGAGAGACGACAAGAUAAUCUGAUCAGACUUUUGCUACCUGACGUUAAGGCUGACAGAACUUGGAAGUUGGAUGAGCUUCCUAUAGAUGUUGAUUUUACAAAUUGCGAUACCCGUCAUCCUAGUGAAAUGCCUGAGAAGCUUCAGUCACGCCUAGUUAAAUUAGCAGACGCUGAUGCUCAAAACCCAACAACUCAAGCCGUAAUGGCUUUUUUGUAUCUCCUCGUUAUCAUACAAAUCAAAGCAGCCGGUACGCCUCUCGACCACGGCUUCACUAUCAUUGUCAGAUCAUUUCUGCCUGUGGGUGCUGGUUUAGGCAGCUCCGCCAGUUAUUCUGUUGUUAUUUCUACAGCUUUAUUGAUUCUAUACAAUUUGAUACCCGUUGAUUUUAAUUCUAGUUCUGAUCGGGAACUUCAUCUUGAAUUAAUCAACAAAUACGCAUUCAAAGCAGAGGAAGUCAUUCAUGGUAAUCCUAGUGGAGUAGACAAUGCUGUAGCAACUUUUGGUGGAGCUAAAUCGUUUGUACGUGGCCAAGGAUUCUCAACCUUAGAAGGAUUCAAAUCACUCAAUUUACUAUUGACUAAUACUAACGUGCCUCGAUCGACCAGCGCACUGGUAGCUGCUGUAAGUGAAAAGAGAAAGAAGUAUCCUGAAAUAAUAGAACCCAUUCUUGAGUCAAUGCACAAUAUCGGUAUACGGUGUCGUGAUGCGUUCAAAAAGUUACACGAUGGAGCUAUCACAACAGAAGAUUUGAUGGUCGAGAUAGGGGAUCUGGUCGUUUUGAAUCAUAGUUUAUUGGAUGGCCUAGGCGUGAGUCAUCCUAGUUUGGAAAAAAUUCGAUCAAUUACAGCGCAACAUGGACUAAAAACAAAGCUGACAGGUGCUGGUGGCGGCGGUUGUGCAGUAACUUUCAUAGGCGAUGACAUAGUGCAAAGUGUAGUAGAUGAAGUUAUGUCAUUUUUAAAAGAUGAAGGUUUUGAUUGUUAUCAAACUUCUAUUGGUGGUAUUGGCGCCAAUGCUGUUCCCUUGACAAACAAUGAAUCCAGCCAGUGGCUUCUUGAAACAGAUAGGUCUACUUUAGAACAAUACAUGUAA